GCGCUUUGUAACGCGUAUAUCAACACGCCAUUCUGUAUACAUUGAUUGACUUGAAACCCGGAUGAACCGGCUUUCCUAAGCUACAGAGUCCCUCCCCUCCUAAAUAAUGUUUACCGUGAGGACUACCGUAUUCAUCAAGACAAGGGCACAUAUGAACGGUAACGACCUGUCUAAAGUUUAUAGGUCAAGACACAAGGGGGGGAGGGAUCGGAUUCUCGGCUCUCGGGCUUUCCGUUGGCUCAGAGGCCUGUGGAAAAAACGGGGCAGAGAACCUUCAUUCAAACUGAUCCGUAUGAAAAGAAUACCGACGUCCAUGCUAAAGUAUUUUGAGCCCUACGGGGAAAGAGGGGACUCCGAUACUAAGCUUCCCCUAACCCCAAAAGGGGGAUUCCAUGACAUUAACGAACGACCGUUGGAAUAUCGUUCGGUGUAUCAUCCGACAACGACUGGUUACCCGAGAAGGGAGAGAGGGCCAAACCUGCUGGGAACCGCGGGGUGUUACGUAGCGUAUCGACCCGGUGCUGGCCGCGUCCCUCAACGUGCCUUUAAUGAUGUGUCAAAGGAAGCUGAGGUAAAUCGUAACAUCAUGAACUCUAAAACGGGAGGCAUUGCGUCAGACGGUGCGCCUGGGAGGCCGGACAGCAGGUUUGUCAACCAGGGUUUUGCCAACAACCACCCACCUGGCAUGACCUUGCGCCGAGGCAUGGCUGUGCGUCGAAACACGGCACCAAAACAGCCAACGCUCCCAAAGGUUGAGCAGGAGAGUCAAGGGACAUGCCGGGAGUCGGCCGGGGCGAGGACCGUGAAGCACCGGGUCGGUGCCCCUUGCAGUCAGCCCCUGGCCGUCGUCACGCCGACACCGACGCCAACGAUCAGCAACGGAGAGCAGAGACCAGAGUCACCAGACGCGCGCAACAUGCUGCCAAGUCAACAGCGGCAUCGGGUGAUAAAAUUCCCCAAAAUAGCAACGCCCUCCGAAGGCCCUGCAGUCAUGCGGCCAACGCCACCAGCUGUACCUCGCUCGCUAAGCUUGAGGAGGCAGCCCGGGUACCGAUCGCUGAGACAGGCUGCCACGGAGAUGGACAGGACAGGGAGUACACCACUGCUCAGCCAUCUGACAAGACCAAGUUAUGUUUUGACUGCUCGCUCGAAAUCGAGUGGGUCAUCUCCGAGGUGCUGGUCUAG